AUGUCGAGCGUGGCAGAGGCGUUAUCAAAGAAGCAUCUCUUCGAUCUCAAUGUCAGCAAGCCGCAGGCCCGAAUCGGCCACCAAGUCGACAUAAACGACAAGCAGUGUAUUGUGGCCGGAGGCCAUCGCAUCACACGCGAGGGAUCUGCUGCGCGUCGAAGCCAGAAACAACCUAUUGUUCGCAAUCUGUUCACGAACGUCUGCUCGGGAGUUGGGCUCAGUGAACACCAAAAGAAGCAAACAUUGAUCAAACAGCCAUUGGACAUGUCACAGAUGAAGCCAAAAGCGACAGCAACUUCAAGUAGAACUAUCGAGCUAUGUAAGAGCAUCUUGCCUCCAUUAUCUCCUAAUGAUGCCGACAAGAAGUGUUUAGUGCUUGACCUCGACGAAACGCUGCGUCCAGGAGCUGAGGAAUUUCUCAUUAAAAUGGCAAAAUACUACGAGAUUGUAGUGUACACUGCUAGUUUUAGCAAAUACGCAGACCCGCUACUUGACAAGCUAGACCCAAAAGGUGUCAUUCGCUAUCGUCUCUAUCGCGAACAUUGCGUGCAGUUUGAAAACAGUUGCGUAAAGGAUUUGUCUUUAUUGAAUCGUGAUAUUUCACAGACAAUUAUCAUUGAUAACGCGCCAAUAUCCUACGUCUUUCACCCUCACAAUGCUGUCGGGUGUUCCAGCUUUAUUGACAACCUGAGUGAUUGCGAGUUAGAGUCUAUUUCACGAUUUCUCAUCAAGUUUCACGAUGUUAAGGAUGUGCGUGAAUACUUGCACAUUUGGGACGCUAAAUAUUAA